UCUAAGAGAGAGAAAACUGAGGACUAACUUCAGGCAGCUGUUUGUCAUGACAGCAAUAAUCCAGGGAGCAGCRAGGAGAGAACAGAAAACAUCUACGAUGAAAAGAGCAGCAGGAGUAAGGAUGCGGAUCAGGAGAGCGCUGUGGCUGGUUCUGGGCAUGCUCAGUCUGUCUGUGCUGCUGGUGGUUCUGGGAGUCUACACCACGACCCGAACCCAGAGCCUGAGCGUGACUGGAUUCGCCUCUGGAGUCAUUCUAACCCUCGGCUCUUUCCUGGGACUUCUGGGGCUCCUCCUGGACGAAAACCGAAAGCAUCUGCUGACAGCUGCCAUUGUUUUCCUGAGCAUCGGGAUCAUCACCUCCUUUCUGUGCCUGGUAAUUGAUGGCGUCUGCAUCGCUCUGAACAUGGACAUUGGUCCACUGAAAGCAGGAAGAUGUCAGUAUUACAGCAGCGGCAGCAGCUACAGCUAUGAGAAUUUCUACACCACCGUGCCGUGUCGGAGUCUAAAGGAAUCGUGCAGCAUGUCGAUUCGUAGCGGGACCUGUUACUGCUGCGACCUGUACGACUGUGCCAAUGGAGACUACCUCAACAAAUACUAUGAGUUUGUUGGCGUGCGAAGCUGCGAGGACGUCUUCACGCUGUAUGUUUUAAUUUGGACCCUGGCCAGCCUGAACCUCGUGGCCUUCUUUACAGGAACACUGACCACUGCUGUGCUGGGCAGCGUCAAGUUUUUGGGAGCAUCAGUGUUGGACUCACAGAGCUCACCUUCCUCAGUGGCUCAGCUCGCAGAGUUUCCGUUCAACUCACCACUGUCUCACAAAGUCCAGGGUACCCCUGCAUGAGCUCCACCAAUCCACUAAAGCCUGCAGCUUUGAAGCCUGUUGGAGAACAGCUGGUCGCUCAAAAUUGCGAGAAAAUACGUUGACAUUUAGCUGGAGUCCCACUAAAUUCUARAUGUUUGUAAAAAGYGAGUCAUUGCAGCAUUUUGAACUGUGAAUCAAUGUUUGUGACAUUUUGGAGACUCCCCAGCUCCUCUCCAACAGUCCCAGCAGAGUGAGAUGCUGCAUAAUGGAUGUGUUUGUGUACAUGGAGACGCUGCUUAUGUUGCUCAUCUUGUUUCAUAGACGUUUGUGUUCCAUAUUAACACAGAAACACAGUCCUCAUAAGGUUAAAACUUUAUUGUUAGAACAAAGACUUGUUUUAUGUUAUAAGACUUAAACAACAUUGUUGUCCUUUGCUUAAGGCUUGUGAAAUUAUUACAUCUUUAGUUCAUGUUUAGCACUCCAUAGAAAGAAAGUUUCUAUAGGCCCAACAUUUCCCCAAAUGUUUGGAAGAAAAACUGAGUUUUUCAUUGUGUCCUAAAAUUUGCGAGCAGAAAAAUGCAAGGGUCAAAAAGCAACAUGCUGAUGAAUAUUGCGUUUUGUGGAAUAAAGYUUUUAUAACUCCC